GUAUCAAUGAACCUAUCGUCAAGAGACAUCUUGUGGCGAUUCAUUUUCCAUUGAAAUAUCGAAUUUUACGUUGUAUUUUUGACGAAAUGUAUCAUUUUCUAUCAACUAUCUCGAGCAGAUCUAAGAGCGAUUCCACCAGAAAAGUACUAAAAACAUCGCCUUUUGUCGUAACGUCUCUCAACGUCCAUCGUGAAAAUAAUCGGGUCGGGUUGACCGCGGUACACGUCAACGUGCAUUCUUUUGUUUCUAACUUGAAAAUAUAUGGCAUUUUUGUGAUUGUUUUACCGUACAAGUUCAAUCUACGUUAUUUUUUAUCCUGCGACACCUGUUUAGCAAUUUUGAUGCACGUGCAAAGUUUAUUUUUUUGAAGGCUGGUCCUUUAAAUUGCGCUCUUAUUUGGAUUACCAUGUACACGUUUACUGUUAAAUUACACACGAAGACUUUUUCUGGUGGACUCUUUUAUGAUCGACCAGGAGUACGAGGACGACGCUCAGGUGGAGGCGACGAAAUUCCUCUUGAAUCCAGACGAACACCGCGCCGUGGAUCCUGAGACGCAGGCCAGGCUGGAACAACUCCUGCAGGUUGCAGGCGCAGGAAUUGGCCAGCUGGCAGCGAAGGACGGCAAACACCUAGCCGACCCGGAGGUGUUGCGUAGGCUGACGUCGAGCGUGUCCUGCGCGCUGGACGAGGCGGCCGCAGCGUUGACGCGCAUGCGCAGCGACCAACCGAGACCGCCCACUUCUGCAGGUGGGGCCGCCGGGCAGGGGGCGGGGACAUCCGCGGUGCUAUCUCAGGGACAGCCGACCGCCUCCUCUACCAACGGGCAAGGUUCUAGCGGACAACAGCAGUUGAACGGCGCUCAGGCUCAGUCAACAAGUACCAGCUCUGCUCAGCAACAACAGCAGCAGCCCCAGUCGUCGCCUUCGUCAAGCAGUUCGACGUCAGGCUCCCAACCCCAGUCAGGCGGCCAACCUGCACCCACGGAGAAGACCUCGCUGGUGGAGGCUUGCACUGACGGAGACGUCGGCACUGUACGCAAACUGCUCACAGAAGGUCGCUCCGUACACGAGACCAGCGAGGAGGGGGAGAGUCUGCUCAGUCUGGCCUGCAGCGCCGGGUACUACGAACUUGCUCAGGUAUUACUAGCGAUGCAUGCAAACGUCGAAGAUAGGGGCAUCAAGGGGGAAUGCACUCCAUUAAUGGAAGCUGCCUCUGCAGGCCAUUUGGACAUUGUGAGACUGCUGGUUGCCCAUGGGGCCGAUGUCAAUGCGCAGUCCACGUCUGGUAACACCCCGUUGAUGUACGGAUGUGCCGGUGGCCACACAGAGGUAGUGAAGUUCCUGUUGGAAAACGGUGCAAACGUGGAGGACCACAACGAGAACGGUCAUACCCCCCUGAUGGAGGCUGCCAGCGCCGGCCAUGUUGGUCUAGCUAAAAUCCUCCUUAUACACGGCGCCGGUAUUAACACCCACUCCAACGAGUUUAAGGAGAGUGCAUUAACAUUAGCUUGCUACAAGGGCCACCUGGAUAUGGUACGAUUUCUGCUGGAAGCAGGUGCUGAUCAAGAACACAAAACUGACGAGAUGCACACUGCACUUAUGGAGGCCUCCAUGGAUGGACAUGUUGAGGUGGCGAGAUUGCUGUUAGACUCCGGCGCGCAAGUGAACAUGCCCACAGACAGCUUUGAGUCCCCGUUGACGUUAGCCGCAUGCGGCGGCCACGUUGAUUUGGCCAUGUUGCUCAUCGAGCGAGGGGCCAACAUCGAGGAAGUCAACGAUGAAGGAUACACGCCGCUUAUGGAGGCUGCCAGGGAGGGGCACGAGGAGAUGGUACAUCUGCUCCUCGGACAAGGUGCAAACAUCAAUGCACAAACGGACGAAACGCAAGAGACGGCGUUGACGUUGGCCUGUUGCGGCGGUUUUACCGAAGUGGCUGACAUCCUGCUGAAAGGCAGCGCCGACAUCGAGCUGGGCGCGUCCACACCUCUGAUGGAAGCCGCGCAGGAGGGACAUUUGGACCUUGUGCGCUUCCUACUGGAGAACGGCGCUAACGUCCAUGCGCAAACGCAGACUGGAGAUACAGCUUUAACGUACGCUUGCGAGAACGGUCACACAGACGUAGCGGACCUACUUCUCCAAUAUGGCGCCGAUCUGGAGCACGAGAGCGAAGGGGGCCGUACGCCUCUCAUGAAGGCCUGUCGAGCCGGACACCUGUGCACCGUGCAGUUCCUCAUCUCCAAAGGGGCCAACGUCAGGCGGCAAACCACGAACAAUGAUCACACGCCCUUAUCCUUGGCUUGCGCCGGCGGACACCUGCCUGUGGUUGAGCUUCUGCUUAGCCACAAUGCGGACCCCAACCACAAGCUGAAGGACAAUUCAACCAUGCUGAUCGAGGCUGCCAAAGGGGGACACACCAACGUCGUACAACUGCUUCUAGACUAUCCCCAUUCCAUGCAAGGUGGAGCCACGGGCGCAACGAAUCUUAACAUGUUACCUGGACAAGUCGGUAGCAGGGAGUCACCAGUGACCAGUCAACAAAAUGGCGCGUCUGCUGUUGGCUUUUUCCAACCACCCGCAGCCGUUUUGCAAGAAGUCCCUGAAGCGGUGCGUAUUGUCCAGCAAGAGGAUUCGAACAACCCUGCUAUUGACGUCGGGGCGAGUUCGAAACACCAGGUGCAACAACAAGCAAAUCGCCCGGCGGUGGAUCCGCAGAUAACGCAGGGUAAUCGAAAGACUGUGUUGCUACUGCCAAAGAGUAGGUCCACAGGCACGGUGUACGAUGGAACGCUAACCUCGGCCGAAGCACAACAGGUCCGGACUCAGCCCGUUGGCGGCGGAGACCUAGAUGACGAAACUUUUGCCGCGGCCGCCGCUGCCGUGGCAGCUGCGAGCGGUGGAGGCGGCGACUUGUUUGCUGCCCCCAAGGAGGAAGCCGGUACGGGUACGAGUGCGCAGGCGCCCGGAGGUGGCGUAGGGUUGGUGGAUUUCAUCAAGAGCCGCAAGAAGCAGUACGCGGCCGCGCAUCAGGACGAGGGCACGACGCAAAAGCAGCAGAUUCUGGAAGAGUUGCAGAAAGUGGAACGUGAGUUACAGGGCAAGAGCCAAUCUGCUGCGGAGACUGUAGCAAGUCACAACCAUAUCCUGCAAUAUGCCAUUUCGCAGGAGCAGUGCACUUCCACCACUACUGGAACAGCAGGUGCGGCUGCAUCCUCGGCCAAUAACACACUGCCACAUAUGCACAUUGAUAUCGCCAUGCAGCAGCAAAAACAACAACAAGUCCUGUUCCCGUACCACCAACCGCCCAGUCAGCCUCAGCAGCAACAAUCGCCGCUGCAGGUGCAGAAUACCUUCUAUGCCGCAGGCGCGGUAACCCCAAAAAGUACCGCUGACGGUCAGCAAACGGGACAACAGCAGCAGUACUACUUCGCGCCGUUGCCACCCACACAGCAGCAACAGCCCCAGCAGCAGCAACAGGUCAAGUUCCAGGCGGUCACAUCGCAUGCUGAAGUCAGUCAGAACACCGCGAUAAGCGAUCGACCGAAGGCGAAGCCGGUCUCGAAGAAGGAGGGCAAGAACGUCCGUAAGCAGCAGCAGCAAGCUGCAGCUGCUGCCGCCGCAGCUGCCGCCUUUCAAGGCUCUUACACGCCCCAGCAACAAGCUCAGGUCUUCGGCCAGCUGCAUUUGCAACAGCAGUUCCAGCAACAACAGGAUGCUGCUAAGGAACAGCAACAGGCGCAACAUCAACAGGAGAUUCUCAGCGUGCAAGGGCUAGAUCUGGAUUCUAUAGAUCAAGAAACGUUAGUGGUGAAGAACGAAAACCAAGUAAACCUUUUGACUGCCUCUAUUCUUCAACAGUUCCAUAGUACGCCUGCUUUGAGAGCCGCCUUUUUAGGAUCACCGCAAAAAACCCAACUAGAGCUUUACGAUCGUACCGAAGAUGGUAGCAAGGUAACAAAACUCGAACUAACCGAUAACGAUUUUUCAACUGUGGACGAUGUCGUCCAGACUUUAGAAUCCUUCAAUGCGACCGAAGUUAGCGAACAGACCCUCACCCAACAUAAUUUACAAGUAUCGCCUUACCCGAGCGCCUUGGACGAGUCGAUGAUCGCCUCGCUAACCGCCGCCGGGGCAGCCGCGCAGCAAGAGCUGUCCGCUGCCGUAGCCGCAAGCGGAGGCGGUACCACCACCACAGCCGCUGCCGGCUCCGGCACCGAAUUGUCCCGGGUGGAGUACUUCGCCGUGCCAGCGGCCGCCGCCCCCAGCGCUACGUCAUCGGGCGUAGGUGGAAGCGCGCAGGCGGGUACCACCUCGCCGCAAGUGCCCAUGCACGCCCUCUACCCUCACUUACUAACAUCCGGGAUACCCAAGGAGCAACUUUUCCAGGCCGGGUUUCAGGCAGGGUAUACCCUUAUGCAGCAGCAUCUAGCUUGUCCGACAAGCACCGACACCCUUGCGGCAGCCACAGCAGCCGCGCUAGGUACCACUCAAGUGACCAGCGGCGCCAUAACUGCCGGCAUAGGAACCACCAGCGGUACCCAAGUCUCAGCCUCAGAUCAGCAAUUCAUCCAAGCGGCGCAAGCGGCUACUGCAGCUGCCGUCCAGCAACAUCAGCAGGUCGGACAGCAACAUCAAUGUCAGCAUGGACAAGCUGCAGGGCAACAACAGGCUGUCACCCAUCAAGUCCAAGCAGCCACCCAAACUCCCCAGCAAUCUGCCGCCGGUGGUCAAGUGGUUGACUCCAAGAAGGUAAAGGCUUACAUAUCGGCAGGAGAUGGAGUUAAGCUGAAGAAAGGCCGCGUAUUGAGACACCAAACCCAAACUACGCAACAGGGGGCUGCAGGGUUCCAGCCAGGAUACCAGAUAGACCACAAUUCCGCCAUAACCCAGUAUAGCGGUGGCCAACAGCAACAAACUAACCAACAACAACAAUGCCCGAACGCGGCGGCGGCGGCCGCCGCAGUGGUAGCGCCGCCCCCGGCUCCGACACCCGCCCCAUGCAUGGACGUCGAUUCUGAGACGGAGAGCAAUCACGACACGGCAUUGACGCUCGCCUGCGCGGGCGGUCAUGAGGAGCUGGUCGAGCUACUGAUCAACCGUGGGGCGGAUAUAGAGCAUAGGGAUAAGAAAGGGUUCACGCCGCUGAUACUUGCCGCCACCGCUGGACAUGAGAAGGUGGUAGACAUCCUAUUGAACCACAACGCGGACAUCGAAGCACAGUCGGAGCGCACCAAGGACACUCCGUUGAGCCUCGCCUGUUCCGGCGGGCGGUAUGAAGUAGUUGAACUUCUGCUGAACAGGAACGCCAACAAGGAACAUAGAAACGUUUCGGAUUACACGCCCCUAAGUCUAGCCGCCUCAGGAGGAUAUGUCAAUAUUAUCAAAUUACUAUUGAGUCAUGGUGCUGAGAUCAAUUCUCGAACGGGAUCGAAACUUGGCAUUUCACCGUUGAUGCUGGCCGCUAUGAACGGCCAUACCGCCGCCGUGAAGCUGCUUCUCGACAUGGGCAGCGACAUCAAUGCCCAAAUAGAGACCAACAGGAAUACUGCGUUAACACUAGCUUGCUUCCAAGGCAGGCAUGAAGUAGUCAGCCUGCUGUUGGAUAGGAAGGCUAACGUCGAGCAUCGUGCCAAGACUGGUUUGACGCCUCUGAUGGAAGCUGCUAGUGGUGGAUACGUAGAGGUAGGAAGGGUACUGCUAGACAAGGGAGCCGACGUCAAUGCCAGCCCUGUGCCUUCAUCUAGGGACACAGCUUUAACCAUUGCAGCUGAUAAGGGCCACGUGCGAUUUGUUGAGUUACUGCUUUGCCGUGGAGCUCAGGUUGAAGUGAAAAACAAGAAAGGCAACUCUCCCCUCUGGCUAGCAGCCAACGGCGGCCACCUUCCUGUAGUCGAACUACUUUACAACGUCAAUGCCGAUAUAGACUCUCAAGAUAACAGAAAAGUGUCCUGUUUGAUGGCCGCCUUUAGGAAGGGCCACGUCAAAGUAGUCAAAUGGAUGGUACACCAUGUCACGCAGUUUCCCAGUGACCAAGAAAUGAUGAGAUAUACUGCAACCAUAAGCGACAAGGACCUCCUAGAAAAAUGCCAGGAGUGCGUGAAGAUAAUCCGCGCUGCAAAAGAGACGCAAGCCGCCAAGGCAAACAAGAACGCCACAAUUCUCCUUGAAGAGUUAGAGUCUGAGAAGACCAGAGAGGAAUCGAAGCGACUGGCGGCGGCACGCAGGCGCGAGAGGAAGAAGAAGAAAAAGCUGGAGAAGAAAGAGGAGAGACGUAAGUUGCUUGAGGAGAAUAAGAAAAAUGAAAGUUUCGAUGAGAAGAAGAAGGGUGAUGGUGAUGAUGAUAAGGGCGAGGAUGAUGACGCCGCGAGCGAAUCAUCUCCGCAAGUGGGUGGCCACCCAGCCGCUACCACCGCCUCCGCGACUUCAACCGCCUCCACCGGAGGCGGUACCGCCCCCGGUGACAGCGGCAGCUCCUCCUCGGCCGCUGCGACCGAAGAAGGCGAUAGUGGCAUCGACGCCAACAGCCAGGGCAGUUGCAGCAGCGCCGAGCUGAAGAAAGAGAAGGAGAAACGCAAGGAGAAGAAAAAGAAGAAAGGGGGCAGCGAGAAGAGCGGUGGGAGUGGUAAGGCUGAGGAAAGGAAGAAAGGUGGGGCGGCAACGACAGGAAGGGAUGAUAAGGAUAAGGACAAAGAUGAUGAGGAGGAGAAAGGUGAUAAGGCAGAUGCCAAGAACAAGAAUCUUAACAUCCGAAAAGCCCACGCCUAUGAAACUACUAGAUCUCCAGCUGAAAGAGACGACUUUGAGGCAACUGGCAGUGAAGUAUAUGUUUCUACCAAGAAGUCAAAACAAACCUACGACGAAUCUACUUCUCAACCUUCGAAAAAUUCUACUAGCCCUAAACAGUCUAAUAACAAGAGGGAAGAAGGAUGGAAAGAAGUGGUUCGGAAAUCCUCGGUGCAGACCCUGGCUGCUUCCGAGUCCGGCAUUAAGAAGGUGUCAGUGCCCCUGAACGCCAUCUCGCGAGUGAUCGGCAGAGGUGGCAGCAACAUUAAUGCUAUAAGGGGUGCUACCGGAGCCCAUAUAGAGGUCGAGAAGCAAAGCAAGGGUCAGGGAGAGAGGAUUAUCACCAUAAAGGGCUCUGCUGAAGCUACAAAGCAAGCUCACAGUCUGAUAGCGACGUUAAUCAAAGACCCGGAUGUAGAUAUUCUGUCAAUGCUGCCCAAGACGAAUAAAACUACCAGCAGUACAACAACGCUGUGGGAUAAGACACAAAUUGGAACGAAAAAGAACGCGGGCAAGAUGGCCGGCGCUUCAAGCACAAGCAGCACUACAAUGCAGUCAACCACGCCCGCCCUUUCCGCCUCCACCGCCGCCCAUUCUAAGACGUCCGCCACUUCCGCGGGAAGCCAACAGCAACAACCCGCUACCGGGAUGUCCGCCCCCAUAGGCAGGUUCUCGGCAACGACUUCAACAGCUGGUACCGCCUCUAAGGCUAGACCCGCCUCCACGGCACAAGCUGCGCGUGGGGCGGCCACAGCGAGGGCAGCGGCUUUAACAGGGCAGUCCGCCUCGAUGGAUAAAAAUAAUCAGCAGAAGGCGGCAACUCAGCAGACUGGAGCCACGCAGAGGGCGUCCACUGGGAGCAAGGCCGCACCCGGUGGGCAGACGUUCGCUGCUAAGCUCACGGAGACGUCGCUUACCAAUACGCAGUUGAUCAUAAAUUCGUCCCACGCGGCAAACAGCGGCGCGACAAGUGGAAUGAAACGUUCGUUGGCCCCUCCGCAGAGCAAUGCUGGCCCAGUAUCACCUCAAGGCGCGGGACACAUCACAUCUACAACCAAUGCAAUGCAGUCGUCGCCCAAUAGGAGUGUUAGACCAACACCGACCUCGUCCGCCCCACCGAAUGUGCCCCAUUAUCAAAGUCCUGGAAAGGUGAUGCCAAUGUUUGGACAAGCAUCCCAGGGUAGCACUGGUCACACCGUAGCUGAAACUACAACUGGAGGAUUCAGAAGUGUAACACCUAAUAUUUUGUCAUCAGGCAGUAUGCAACACAACUUGAGUCAGGACGAGCACAUGUCAGCAUCUACUCACCACCACCACCCUCAACAGCAACAACACCACCAGCAUCAAAUGCACGUCCCAACUUCUGCAGCAGUGGCACCACCUCAGCAACAACACUCCCACCACCAACAGCACACCGCGUCCACCACAGGACCAACAGUGGCCCAAUCUCAUUCGUCAACGCCCUCCCAACAAGCUGCUCAACAACAGCCCGCCUCCGAAUAUUCGCUGUUUUACACGCGCAGCACUGAUCAUUGGCCGCGAGGGGGUGGUGCAUCGUCGGAGACUGGCACAACGCAGAAGCCGGUGAAUUUCGCGGCUGUCACUGGGGGCGGCAGUGCGAGUGGCGGUGCGGUGCAAUCACAGCAGCAACAACAGGAUGGCAGAAAGUUUGUGGAGGAAGCACCCAAACAGGUGGAUGCAUCCAAAGCACCUGGCUACAGAGGUGGAGCUAUGUGCUCACCACCUGUCGGUAGUGGAACUAAGUCUACAGGAGGUGGAGCUAGUUCUGGUUCAACACCUAGUAUUGGCACCAACGGAUUUCAAGGUUAUAACGACCAGUCGAAGUCCCAACAACCUUUGGCACCAAUUGGGAGCAAUGUGAUUCACUCCAGCAGAACAACAGUGUCUCAAAGCAACGCCGAUUACUUUGGUGAACUAUUUAAACCUGGAGUUUCGACAGCUAGCAUCCCUAGCAUGCUGGGAUUGAAUGAUGGCCAUCUGUUACAGUCUAGCUACAAUCCAAUACAGAACCUGAGUUUCUCUCCUGCACCAUCUCAAGUCAAUCUACAGCAGCAGCAACAACAGAACGCGAGCCUAUCUCGAUUGAACCCGAAAGCUCCCGAAUACUCGGGCUAUUCUAUGCAAUCAAAGCCAUCUUCGACUCAGCCAGUCUAUAACGGGUACCAGAUGACAUCUGGGCAGGGGACUGCAACAGGAAUGUAUAUGCCUCAGACGCCUUCCAAACAGAUGGGAGCAGAAUAUCACAGAAGUGGAUUAGCACAGAAUCGACCGCCAUUGUGGAUGCAGAUGCAGCCACAGUUCACACAAAAUGAUCAGCUGAUCAGCAGCAUGGCGGGAUUGACCAUACAUAAUCUUGCUAAAUUUACUGGCAACGAGGUGCUUGAGAACGGCAGUGGUGUGUCCGGUGCCGGAGGUGACCUAACCGGUCUCGGGGGCGGUCCGAACUCACCUAGCGGCAUGUCCCCGAACCUGCCAGCAGCCGCGGCGGCCGCAGCAGCAGCAGCGGCGGCGGCAGCUGCGGCAGCGGCCGCAGAGGGAGGCGGUUACGAAGAACGGAAGCCGCCCCAACCGAUCGGCACAGGUCGGAAGGCCGCAUAUCAACAACAGCAACAGACUGGUGGGGGUAUGGAUGCGUGGAGAUUGCCCGGUACGGCCGCCGCGGAAAAAGAUUGGCUGGCGGCAGCCGCCGCUGGAGAGUAUGCGGCUAUCAGGCAUGCCACGGCAGGAGUUUAUGGGGAGGAGAUGCCGCCCAUGGAUUAUUCGCGUCCGAUGCGAUUGGACUCCCACAACUUCAUGAACGGUCCGCCGUAUUUCAACCAACAGCAGACGCAGUUAAACGCCAUGCGUCAUGACUUUAUGAAAUCGCUGCCCAAGCUGGACAUCAUGUGGGAUAACGCCCAGCCUAUCCCCGAAUUACAGCAGGACAAGCAGCAUGUUUGGAACAAUAAGUGGAACUAGUAAUCUUCAUACCGGAAUACACAUGUGAACUAUAAGCGUAAAUAUUUUAAGUCCAAAACGUGCGAAAUUUAGCUUCUAUCUUUGUGAUUUUCGGAAUACAAGUUUUUGCCCGUAGAAACAUAGUUCUAGUUUUUAUUUUCAUUUUAAUUCGUUAAUGGUACCAUGGCCCAAUAUACAGGCCAACAACCGAGUGUUUAUACAUAUUAUCCUACUGUGAGUCACUUGGGUGUACAGAAUGUUUAAUCCUUUCAAUGGAGAUAUUCAAACAGGUUCCUAGUUAUACGAGUGAUUUAAAAAGAAAUGUGGAUUUAGAAGAGUUCUAUGGAUAACGAGAAAGUAGCUGACUUGGUUAGAUGAUAGAUUAUUAUUGUUUAUUUGUUAUGUGGAGUAGGACCUAGAUUAAAAAUUGAAGCAUAAUAUUUGUUUUUCUUAUUUAAAUUUCAGUUUUCUUAUUUUAAUACCUUUUGAGUAAAUAACAUCUCUAUUGAUGAUCUCUGAAGAAAAAAUGAUAUCUUGAGUUUUCAGCCUUAGUUUCCCCGACUUCAGUACUUGUUAAAUUAUAAUAUUGCCAGAUAACAUUUGUAAAGACAAUUACACCGACAUAGUUUGAAUUUACAACAAACGAUCAAAAACCAAUGUUAUUUAUGUCAGAUGAAUGAGACUUUUAUGUUCUGAUUAUUAAGUUGGAAUUUGGCACACUUGAGGGCUGCUCCUUAAAUCUUAUUCUCAUUCGUGUGUUUAUUGAAUAUCCUUGCGAGGAGUUUUGAUCUUCACAAAUUUCUGACAGCUAAAAUGCUAUAUUUAUUCAUUGUAAGCACAUUUAUAUGAAACAAGUACGUAUUUAACAAGGAGAGCGUCAAUCAUAUUUAUCAUGGAAGUGCGACACAUAACAUUUGAGGAAUCAGUGGUAUUUGUAGACUCAAAAAUCACUUAUUGAGUAUCUCCAUUUUACCACCGGAUUUUCUGUAUUAAUACAGUACUUGGGGAGAAUAUUAACAUCUGGUUGAAAUUUGGCAAGGAGUUAGUUUGUAGUGCCAGGAACAAAAAUCAAUCCUUGCCUCACUUGUAGGAACUGUCGUUCUAAAAAUAUUAUGGUUUGGAUGCAAAAAUAUUCUUUUUUUAUAUCUCGAUAAAUAUGGAAAUAUAAAUCUGUAUUGGUAAAAUGAACGCUGGGGAUCAUUCAAGUAUUCCUUAAGCACUGAUGGGGGCGGGAGGUUUUCACUUUGCUUAGUUUUGAUGACAUGGGGGAUGGGGAGGAGGUCGGGAUGGUGAUUACGUCAGCAUUAUUUAUUUUUUUUACUUUUUCGGAUUUUAUACAAAAUUUAGUCGAUUUUGAUUUGAACACAUAUGACAACCCUGAUUGUUUAUGUUCGAAAUCGAAACGACUCUUCAGGGAGAGCGUAAAAUGGCUAGUCUUAGUCGGGGACUGUUGACGGUUAUUAUGUUACUGCAAAGGAUGUUGGGUCGGGCGCGCCAGAUUUUCCUAUUUUCCAGAGAUUAAAUGGUAUUCAGAACAUGUGCGUGAAAGCCAAAACUUACUUCUGAUUGUAAAAUGUACUACAGUGUUUAUGUAUAUAUGGGAGGGUGCUAAGAGAUUUGCUUACUUUUGCUGACAAAGCAGAGGAGGGUUCAAUCAUUGUAAAAAUCUGCUUACGUAAUACUUGAACGCCACCUUGGGAAAAUUUACUAUAAGAAUGGUAUUUUACAAUAUUUGUCUCAGUUUGUUAGAUUUUGCGAACACAUGAUUAUGUGUGGUUUGGUGAUUGUCCUAUGUUGUCAUGCCACAACACGCUGCAAAACGCUGAGAGCGACGGAAAAUUCGGUCAUAUCAUAUAAGCUCACUAACAGGAAACAUAUUUGAGGGAUUAAGUUGGAGUAAUACUUAAACAUUAGUGAUACUAUUAAAACAGGUUUCUUUAAAGCCCUGUUCAUACAGCUGUCGCCAACCUGUCAAUGAUCGUUUCCAAGAUCCCACCACACAUAUUCCGUUAAUUCUGCUAUGCUAAUACAGACAGAAUUUACAAGGCUGGGUCCCAGACAUAGUCACUGACAAGUCACCGACUACUGUACGAACAAACCAUUAAAUCUUGAUACAUCAAUUUUUCACCGAGAUAUGUCCAAAUUUGUCCUUCGCUCAUAGCUUUAAGUAAAUUUUUUCAAUCCAGGAUAGAGAUUUUUGAGAUUUUGCAUAUGUUUCGAGAUAUCAUGAAAAUAAUAUUUUUGCUAUGGAACAGUAAUAUCUUUGCUAUAUUUAUAGUUUAAUGUGAUAUGAGGAUUGAACAAUGUUUCUAGUACUAGUAACACCAUUGUUUCAAAUUUUUCAACCUGUUGUUAAUGUUUCUGACCUCAAAACCCCUGAGUAUUUGACUAUAAAACAAAAAACAUGGAAUCCCUACACCCCAUUACAAUGUAGUUUUAUUGCAUAUUUUUUUCUUUUCUUUUGUAACCGCUUAUAGUUACGGUCUCGUUAUAUAAUGUAGCAGAGGACAGACGCAAAUGGAUGGAUGGAAGAGCUAUAGACAUAUAUAAUUACUAAAGAAAAAAUAUACUAAACGUUAUGUAAAAUGUAGUAGUUGCGCAAAAAGGUAAUAAGGGUUGGCGAUUAUGGGACAAGUAUAUACACUUGUGAUUCUUUGUUCUCUAAUCGAAUAUUAUAUUCUUUUCCUACAUGCUAAGAGAGAGUUAGCGGCUACGAGGUAUGCCGCAUCGCGGGACACGCUUAGUCCCUGAACUUUUAAGUCUUAGAAUUAUUAUUAUUACUAUUAUACGGAAUUAUGUAAUAUUUGCUUGUACAUGAAGACUUAAAUAUAUCUUUAUGCACUGUA